AUGAGGCUCCUUGCUGUUCUCGCCAUCUUUGUGUCCUGCUGGGCGGCGCCGGCACACAGCAGCUUCUGGCAGUUUCAAAGGAUGGUCAAGGGCAUCACGGGGCGGAGCGCCUUCUUCUCCUACUACGGCUACGGCUGCUACUGCGGGCUGGGGGGCAAAGGGACCCCUGUGGAUGACACCGACAGGCGCAGCCCCUCACCCCCUCCCUCCUGGCCCCAGCUGAAGGCGCUGGGCUGCCAGCCGGUGCUGAGCAGCUACCAGUUCCACGUGGUCAACGGCUCCGUGGUCUGUCGGUGCGCCCUUGGUCCUGGGGCCAGCUGCCUCUGCGGGCUGAAGGCCUGUGAGUGUGACAAGCGUUCCGCGUACUGCUUCAGGGAGAGCUUGCCCACCUACGAGAAAACCUUCAAGCAGGCCUUCUCCAGCCGGCCGCAGUGUGGCAGGCGCAAGGUCCAGUGCUAG